GCCUGGUUCAACUGCGAAAAAAGCAAAAGAAUAAACACGCGUUCGUGCAUCGUAGGGGCCUGCUUUUCGCCCAUAAAAUGGGAUUCAGAAUGCUUCAACAGGUCAGUGAGCUUCAACGUCUUCUUCGUUUAACCAAGCACCAUUCUACUUCAAUCAAAUCAUGUCUUCUUCAUCCUCCGCCAGUCCCGCGCGCCCUGCUGCUGAACGUGCUCCUGCAGUUAAUAUUGUUGAGGCUCUUCCCCCGCGUCCAUUCAACCCUAAUCGUGCAGUCACUACGUUCAGUAAAGCUUCUAGGGUUACUUUCAACGCCUACGUUAAAGCUGCUCCUAAUCGGAUACAUUUCAGUAAUUAGAAGUAUCACAGCUACUAUUCUCGGAUCCUUAGCACGUAUGGACAGAGUGCGGAACAGUCUAGUUCAACCAGACGCCCCACCGGACUAUUAUGGACUUCGCCUAAUUAGGCACGAUCCAGACCGUCCAGUAAGGGUGUGAAUGGACUCUCGUCUGGUUGAAUAGGACUGUAUCACGAGGUCUUGGCAUGGUGUUGAGCGAAUAUAGCCAU